GCCGAAAUAUCUGGCCGAUACAUUCAAAUGUUCUAUGUCGGCCCAAAUUAUUUUUAAAACCUGAUAAAUAAAAAAUAAAAAUCUGGCACCUGUGUGGCCAACUGCCACCACUACUAGACUGAAGAAAGGACCCGAAGGACCCCAGCGGCCAGCACACGUGAGCCAGCCCACUCAACAGCGCUGUGCUCCAGCUCACCUAUAUACGUGAGGCUAAUCUGGAUGAUUACUACCCCGCAUGCGCCUCGGAGCUAAAGCAAGCGGCAGCUGAGCAGAGAGGCAGGAAGAAACCGCCAAACGUGCUGCAGCAGGCAAACUGUUAGCUAAACACGACUAAAGAAAACCUGCUACCACUUCAGGAUCAUCCAUCAGCUGGGACUGAUUCAUCAUUUGUUCUGGACGACAUGGACACAGAUGUUAAUCAGAUGGUGCUGGUUAAAGAAGAAGCUCCUGAAGAACAGUGUGCUGGUGUGGACCAGAAGGACCCAGAAGACAUCAACAUAAAGGAGGAUCAGGAUGAAAUCUGGACCAAUCUGGAGAGAGAGCAGCUUCAUUUGAAGGAGGAGACCGAUGUUGCCAGGUUUACUUCCACUGUAGUCAGUAUAAAAAGUGAGGAUGAUGAAGAGAAACCUCUGUUCUCACAGCUUCAUCAGCAGGAAAUAGAAGACCGAAAUGUUUCAGCAAGCUGCUCAGCUGACCAGAUGACAGCAGAAACUGGUGGAGGAGCAGAAGCUAGCUGGAACCAAGAUCUGAACCCUCAUGAACAAACAUCUGAUUCUUCAGAAACUGAAAUUAGUGGAGAUAAUGAGUAUGAUGGCGUAAAUGUAGACUCUGAUCUGUCAGACUCUAUGCCCGAAACUGGAGACAAAGACGAUGACUGGAAUGAGAACAGGUCUUCUGAGUCAGAUGUUAGCACUGUCAACAAAUCUUUUAGCUGCCCUGAGUGUGGUAAAACAUUUCUCAGCAAGCAGUCUCUCCAAAAACACGCGAGAGUGACCGGUCAUUCAGCAAAAAGGUCUUUGGGCUGUUUGGUUAAAAAGAAAUGUGUCAGAGUGAAGCAACAUUUAAACUCAUGCAGGAAAGUGCAGAAAGAACUAAAAUCAUUUAGUUGUGAUGACUGUGGAAAAACAUUUAGUGUAAAAUCACUUUUCAAGAGUCACAUGAGAGUCCACACAGGAGAGAAACCUUUUGCCUGUGAGCUCUGUGGGAAAAGAUUUGGCCAUAAGACAAGUUUAUACAGUCACAUGAGAAUCCACACUGGAGUGAAACCUUUUGCCUGUGAACUCUGUGGAGAAAGAUUUACCUAUAAGACAAGUUUAAACAGUCACAUAAGUGUCCACACAGGAGAGAAACCAUUUGCCUGUGAGCUCUGUGAUAAAAGAUUUAGCUUUAAGAAUAGUUUUAAAAGGCACAUGAGUGUCCACACAGGAGUGAAACCUUUUGUCUGUGAGAUCUGUGGAAAAAGAUUUAACUUUCAGGCAAGUUUAAAAAGUCACAUGAGUGUCCACACAGGAGUGAAACCUUUUGUGUGUGAGCUCUGUGGAAAAAGAUUUAGUGAAAAAUCAAAGUUCAACAGUCACAAGAGAGUACACACAGGAGAGAAACCUUUUGCCUGUGAGCUCUGUGAUCAAAAAUUUGGCCAUAAGACAAAUUUAAACAUUCACAUGAGAGUACACACAGGAGAGAAACCUUUUGCCUGUGAGAUAUGUGGUCAAAGCUUUGGCCAUAAGACAAGUUUAAACAGUCACAUGAGAGCACACACAGGAGAGAAUCCUUUUGCCUGUGAGCUCUGUGGAAAAAGAUUUAGCCGUAAGACAACAUUAAACACUCACAUGAGAGUCCACAUAGGAGAGAAACUUUUGCUUGUGAGCUCUGUGGACAAAGGUUUAGGUGCAAGAAAAGUUUAAACAGUCACAUUAGUGCCCAUACAGGAGUGACACAUUUUGCUUGUGAGCUCUGUGGAGAAAGAUUUAAGAAAAAGACAUGUUUAAACAAUCAUAUGAGAGGCCACACAAGAGAGAAACCUUUUGCCUGUGAGCUCUGUGGUAAAAGAUUUA